AUGAAUUCUUCAACUUUCUACAAUGCUUUAAUUAAGAGGCCAAAUGAAAGGAAUGAAGAGGAAAUUAAUACAAUAUUUAAUCAUCUUCGACGAUUAGAAGUUUUUGAAAGAUUACACGAUGCCCCAUUAAAAUCAGUAUGUAAAACAGCUAGACUUGAAAGACAUUCGGCCAAUUAUGUUUUGUUUAGAAAAGGACAGUUAGCUACUUGUUGGUAUAUUUUGCUUUCUGGAUCUGUUUUUAUGAAUAAACAAGUUUAUUUGCCUAUUGGAUGGUUAGUUUUUUUAUUUUAA